UCUAACCGCAAUGAAGGAAACUCCUUCCGAAGGCGGGAUGGAUUGCAGAGUCCCUGGUGCAGUCAGCAAUGGCGAAACGAUACCUGCACAUCCGAGCGCAGAAAAGGAGAAGGAAGAGGAUCGAACCCUGGAACGAGGCCAGUGGAAUAACAAGCUGGAGUAUCUGCUCUCUGUGGCUGGGGAGAUCAUUGGUCUGGGAAAUGUGUGGCGAUUCCCAUACCUCUGCUACAAGAACGGUGGAGGUGCCUUCUUCAUCCCCUACCUCAUCUUCCUCUUCACCUGUGGGAUCCCGGUGUUCUUCCUGGAGACGGCACUAGGGCAGUACACGAGCCAGGGAGGGGUGACAGCCUGGAGGAGGAUCUGCCCUCUCUUUGAAGGUGAGUGAGCCCAGGAGGGCAAGGCAAGGUGGGAAGGAGCGCCAGGAC